UCAUUGUCAAUAUUGACAAUUUUAUUGUUGUUCUUGGUUGUCAUUUUGAAUUUGAUUCAGUUAUAAGUUAAAUUAAGUUGACCAAAUUCAUCAAAACCAAACCAAAAAAAAAAUUAUUUUCAGUUAACUGGUUCAAAAUUCCCCUGAAUAUGUUAGAUGACGAACACGAGGAAUUACCACUGGUUUCAGUCGGUAGUGGGAACUACAGCUUGAGUCAUUUUUCAAUGCCACCUGCCGAUGUGCUGGCAUCGCAAAGGGCUCGAGAACAAGAGUGCGAGCGGGAACUGAGACUGCUCCGAGAGCUGCACACCCCAGACGAUGACAAGUGUCCCUCGGAAGAAGUGCAUAGCAACUCCAGCGAGUUGGAAGAACUAGGAUUAGUAGAAGCCGAGGAUGCACCAACAAAGCAUGUGUCAGUCAACAUGAGCAACCUUAUAGCUCAACUCCUGGCGCAUUUGCCAGAGGGUAAUUCACAAUUUUUAAAGGUCUAUCUAGAAGUACUGCAACAAGACUCUCCAGCUGUAAUAAAAUAUGUCAACAAAGAGAUGUUAUGUGUGAUAGAGACGGGGCUGGCGGAGGGCUGCGGCUGGGUGCAGGGUGCCGCAGUGUGCUGUGUCACAUGGCUGUGCAUGCUGUGUCUGGUAGGCGAGGCAGGCUUGCGGGGAUGGCGCGCUCUACAUGCGCUGCUGCAACACACCACAGCCCAACAGGUGUUAGAGGUGUCGCAUGCGGUGUGCAGUGCCGUGCGGGCGCCGCGCCUGUUGCUGCGGCUGAGCGACGCGCUGCGCGGCCCCGGCGGCCCCGCUCACCUCGCAGACCACCUCGUGCACUAUGCACUCACUCAGUGUGAGAGCGAGAGUCCCGAAGCGGGUUCGUGGCGCAGCCUGACGCACGUGCAGCUGGCGGGGCGCAGUGCGGCGGCGGGCAGGCCUCCGCCCCGACUAGCUGCGCCACGGAACCGCGACCACAAGGACGCCCUCAAGAUGGCGGUGGCGGCCUGCAGGCUGGACCAUCUCUGCCGCAACAACAACAACAGCAGCGGCAACACUGCACAUCUCAAGUAGAGGCAUCACCUGCGAGGCUGGUACUCUCACACCUGUUUCCGGGUCGGGAUGAGGCUCUGCACGCAUAGAGAAAACCAUUGAAGUACAGAGUGCGGGACUCGGGGCUAGGAGCUAGGAGCUAGGCGUGCGGCAGGUCUAGGCCGAGGCGCGCCAGCUGCAGUGUGAGAGCGGCGCCCACCAGCCGCCUGUCAUAGGUACCUCGACACUGCCAUCUGCACAUUGAACCUGUAUCUCAUCUCGUGUCUUAAUAAAUCAAUAAUAUGAAAAAAGUAA